AUGUCAACCGACGACGCGCCGUCCUACAUUGACUAUGAAGCUUUCCUCGACCCCGAUUUCUCCGCGACUUCGUUCGCAAACACACUCGUUCUCGCAACCAACAAUGCCUCCGACACCCCGCUAGACCUCUCAACCCCACUGUCCCGCGUCCUGUUUGAUGUCCAGGAAGUCGACACGCACAUUGACACGCUUACCACAAAGUCGGCUUUGCCGCUGCUAGAACAUACAAGAGACUCUGCCGAGUCGAGUGUGCGGAUAUUGCAGGAAGUGGAAGGACAGGUUGCCAGCCUGACCGAGUCGUACAAGACGCUGGAGAAGGAGGUCAUUGAGCGAUAUGACGUCGCCGAGCAGGCACGCGUGACGGCAGAACGACUGUGCGAGACUGUCAAGCUUGGGCGAGCGGUUGCGCGAUGUUUCAUGCUCGGGAGACAGCUCGAGGUUCGCAUGUCUGAAUUGGGAGGGGUUGGGAGCGCAAAGAAGGAGGACCACCGAGCCAUGGUGCGUUCUGCGGAUACGAUACUAUCGCUACGCCAAAUCUUCGCGGCUUCGAAGCCUGGCGAGGAAGGGCAAGGCCUCGAUAGGGUCAUGAUGGUCAAUACGCUGAAGAAUGAAUUGGUCAACCCUGGUGAACGGAGCAUCUCAUCGCGCGCACAGCAGGUGGUCAAGGAGUUCUCCAUGUCUUCGUUACUCUCUUCGUCGGGGUCAACGCCAGCAUCCACAUUCGCGCAAACCGAGGACACCAAGUCAAGAACCACGUCUGCACUACUCACUUUGUACCUACUUUCACCAACGUCGGCAAAGACCACUUUAGACACGUUCGAGCCUGCGCUCAUGUUGAAUGCCUUGCAAGACUACCUGCAGACGCAGCUAAAGUCGUCGCUCGCAUCGCUUGCCCGAGCAUUGGGCCAGCUCCCUACACUAGACCGCACACUGCUCGAGAUAUCAGCUCGCUGCCAGAACAUUGUGGCACUACAGUCUCUCCUUGAGGCCAUUAAACCGCCUCCGCAUCCACUCCUCAACUCGACCACUACCGCCGACGCUCAAACUUGGCCCAACUUUCUGCAGCCAGUGUUGCAUGCCCUUGAUACAUCGUCGCUACCGAGCUACUUUUGGAGAUCGCUUGCGUCAAAUCUGUCGCCUAGGGUUCAAGAGCUCAUGCAGAGAGGCGGUGUAUCUGCAAGGACGUUGAGAAGUAACAAAGACAGAGUCAAGGAUAUGGUCCGGGAAAGUGUGAAUCGGGGCAGUCAAUUGCCUGGAGCAUUGUCGACCAAGGGGGUGACGUUUACCUGGGAGAGGGAAGCUGCCGUCAUGGUUGGAAGUAUUCUGGGCCAGAUCAAGUGA